AUGCAGCGCAAAAGGUGGCAGGCGGCAGGACAGAAUCUUCACACGAGGACAGCAUCCUCAAUUCGGCCUGAGCUGCAGAUGCUUACUUGGACUGUCAUCUUCCGCCUCCAGUCCUCUCGAGACGGCUUGAUCACUAGCUUCACGGGCUUGACUGAGGCGCACUACGUCAGUCUCAAAGCUUACAACAUAACGAGCAUCGAAAAGGGAGCAUCAGGUCGACACAUGCAACAUGACACACCAUCCUCGCUCUUCACCCCACCACCUUCGCUACCUGUCACUGCGGCUUCUCAUGCCGUCUCCAUUCUCUUGGACAACCCUACCUAA